GGGCUCGGGCUCCGGCUCCGGCUCCGGCUCCUCCUCCCACUUCCACUCCCCCUCCCGCCGGCGGAACCGGCCGCUCGAGGUUCCUUCCCCUGAGCGUCGAGUGAGCCAAGGACUGAGCGACCGGGUGUCCACCGAGCGGCACCAGCGUGGCCAUGGCCGGGCCUCGGCUUCCCAGGGUCUCGUUGCUUGCCGUCGGUCUGUGGCUGCUGUGGGGGAAGAGCUAUGGAAGUUCGAGCACAGUGCUGCCUGAAACACUGCUCUUUAUAUCAACACUGGAUGGAAGCUUACAUGCUGUCAGCAAACAAACAGGCUCAAUUAAAUGGACCUUGAAAGAAGAUCCUGUGCUUCAAGUGCCCAUGCAUCUAACAGAACCAGCAUUUCUUCCUGAUCCCAAUGAUGGCAGCCUAUAUACACUGGGAGGCAAAAACAAUGAAGGACUGACUAAACUUCCGUUCACAAUUCCUGAAUUGGUUCAGGCAUCGCCUUGUCGAAGUUCUGAUGGUGUACUGUAUAUGGGAAAGAAACAGGAUAUCUGGUAUGUCGUGGACCCAAUGACUGGCGUAAAGCAGCAGACGUUAACAGCUUCUUUUGCGGAAAGCAUGUGUCCAUCAACGCCUCUCCUGUACCUUGGACGUACAGAGUACACAAUCACCAUGUAUGACACCAAGAACCGGGAGCUGCGAUGGAAUGCCACCUACUUCGAUUACUCUGCCACCUUACCCGACGAAGGCACUGAAUACAAAAUGCUCCACUUUGUGUCGAAUGGAGAUGGCCUGGUGGUGACAGUAGACAGCGAAUCAGGUGACAUUCUCUGGAUUCAGAAUUACGCAUCACCAGUAGUGGCGAUGUACAUCUGGCAGCGAGAAGGACUGAGGAAAGUGAUGCACACAAAUGUUGGUAUUGAAACCCUCCGCUACCUCACAUUCAUGUCGGGAGAGGUGGGCCGCAUCACCAAGUGGAAAUAUCCUUUUCCUAAAGAGGCAGAGACCAAACAAAAGCUGAUGCCAACUCUGUAUGUGGGAAAAUACUCGACCAGCUUGUAUGCCUCAUCAUCACUGGUCCAUGAAGGAGUGGCUGUUGUGCCAAGAGGAAGUGCAUUCCCAUUACUUGAGGGUCCCAAAACAGAGCGUAUUACAAUCACAGACCGUGGGGAGUGUGAUACUACACCCAGUAUUGAUGUUAAGUUCACACCGGGAGUCACAAACACAAUUGAUUACUUGAGGAAUCAGUGGUUUCUGAUAGGUCACCAUGAAAUGCCCCUAGCAGCCCACACCAAGAUCCUUAGCGGCUUUCCUGAGAAUGUACAGAAAAUUCCGGACGAUGUAAUUACUACUAGCCCACAGAAUGAGAUAUUUGAAGAUCAUUUCCCAGACAUUGAUGAAGUUGCAGAGGAUUUUGAUAUUCUUAAUGACCUCAAAGAAAAGUAUAGCAAAUCGCAACCCAAGCUUGAAACUCCCGUGGAUUCUGUAUUGAAAGACAUGGCCACAAUUGUCUUUAGUACCUUUCUGCUGGCAGGGUGGGUGGCCUUUGUCAUCACUUAUCCUAAGACUGUGCAGCAGCAGCAACAGUUACAACACCAACAGUUUCAGAAGCACUUGGAGGAAAGGCUGGAGCUAAUGCAGAAACGGCAGCUCAUUUUCCGCCCCCCUCUCUUGGGUCCAGAAUCAGACUUCCUGGAGUCAACCAGAUUGCGAACAGAAAGUUCAAGCACCAACACGCCAAGUGCAUCUCCGCGAGCCUCUAACCAUUCACUGUACUCCAAUCAUUCCAUCUCUGAGUUCGGCAGCUCAGCCACAGAACAAGAGGACGGAGAUGACGAUUCUGAUAUCGUGAGAAUUGGAAAAAUUUUGUUUAACCCAAAAGACGUCCUGGGACAUGGUGCUGAAGGGACUAUUGUGUUCAAAGGCAAGUUUGAUGAUCGAUACGUUGCAGUGAAGAGGAUUUUGCCAGAAUGCUUCAGCUUUGCAGACCGUGAGGUCCAGCUGCUCCGUGAAUCUGACGAGCACCCAAAUGUAAUCCGUUAUUUCUGCACGGAGAAGGACCGACAGUUCCAGUAUAUAGCCACUGAGCUCUGUGCAGCCACUCUGCAGGAGUAUGUUGAACAAAAAGACUUUGACCGCCAUGGCCUGGAACCUAUUCCUCUACUUCAGCAAACCACAUCUGGCCUGGCCUACUUACACUCGCUGAAUAUUGUUCACAGAGACUUGAAACCACACAACAUAUUAAUCUCAAUGCCCAAUGCCCAUGGGAGAGUGAAAGCCAUGAUCUCUGACUUUGGUCUCUGCAAGAAACUGGCAGUGGGCAGACACAGCUUCAGUCGCAGGUCUGGGGUGCCUGGCACAGAAGGUUGGAUUGCACCAGAGGUACUGAAUGAGGAUUGCAAGGCAAAUCCGACAUGUGCGGUGGAUAUUUUCUCUGCUGGCUGUUUGUUCUAUUAUGUAAUCUCAGAAGGCAGCCACCCUUUUGGAAAGGCCUUACAGCGACAAGCUAAUAUUUUACUGGGCGUCUGUAACCUUCAACAUUUAAAGUCUGACGUACAUGAGGAUAUUAUUGCUCAUGACUUAAUUCAGGAGAUGAUAGACAUGGACCCACAGAAACGCCCGUCUGCAAAAUGUGUGCUGAAAAAUCCUUUCUUUUGGAGUCUUGAGAAACAGCUUCAGUUUUUCCAGGAUGUCAGUGAUCGAAUAGAGAAGGAGCCUCUGGAUGGGCCAAUAGUAAGAGAACUGGAGAGAGGUGGACGAAGUGUCGUUCAGGGUGACUGGAAAGAACACAUCACUGUACCUCUGCAGACAGAUCUUAGAAAAUUCCGAUCAUAUAAAGGGAGCUCAGUGCGAGAUCUGCUACGUGCAAUGAGGAAUAAGAAACACCACUACAGAGAACUGCCGGAGGGAGUGCAAGAAACUUUGGGCUCGGUCCCAGAUGAAUUUGUUCGCUAUUUUACCUUCCGUUUCCCCCAUCUAUUACUCCACACGUAUUUUGCCAUGCAAAUCUGCAGCCAGGAGAGACUAUUUCAUCCUUACUACUAUCAGGAGGCAGCAGAACCGAGCCAGUUAACCCUCUCAGUCAUUGACAGCUUCAUAUAAACCAAGGGAAAGAAGGUUAAAAGGAAAUUGUUUAUUUUUAAAUGCAUUCCAGCCAGAGGCCUUGUUUAACACAGCAUGUACUAAGAGACUACAUUUGGGAGAUAGACAUUUAAAGAAUGAAGAAGUCACCAAACCUCCGUUAAGUGCCUUAUGAAAGCUUCAAAUGGCCUGCAGGAUAAUCCGAGGCAAAGUGGUUCUCCAGUUUAAGGACCUGCAGUCUGACUGCCACAACUACAUUUUUAAUACAAGAAAAUAUUUUCCUCACAGGAAAAACUAGUUUUUAAAAAAAAAAGUGAAAAAGGCAAUGGUGACUCUCCUUCACUGCUGUGUGCUGUGGCAUGUUUCAGGGAUAAAAAUUAAAAUAAUCUUCAGAAGAGGAUAUCAACCAUGUUGUAACACUGAAAUACAAAGCAAAGUGUUCAUUCACAGAUGCUGGCUAGAUUUUGAGUCGUGCAAAGUUUUUUGGUUGCAGUUGGUGAAAUUAUGCCAAGACAAUUUGAUUCAUGUUGUAAAGAUUAGAGCAGCUGCAACACCAAUCUGUGGAUUAGUUCAUCCACUUCAGUAGGGCAAAAUAUUCAAUCGUAUCAACAGUAUGAUGACCCACAGUGUCCCGUGGUCUGUGGGUACUGAAACAAUGGGACAGAAUGCAAUUAACCAGGAAGGUGGAGAAUGAAUGACAAUCAGUGAGAGAGUGGUUAUCCAAACAAAGUAUAAAGCGCUUUUGAAAGCUAUGCUUUCAGAUCUGUAUGAGCAGAGUUUUAUACUAGGGUACUUCUUGUAUUUAUAGCUUUAUGCCACUGAUCUGUGUUUGCAAUUGACAUUUUUUAUUUCAAAGUCCAAAAACUGAGCAUCAGUUACCAGGUUUAUGCAUUACAGAUUAAUCCCUUUAAUUUCCAUUGUUUCAUUCACACACUAACUGAAAACAGCUUGAACACACCGUGUUUGUUCAGCUGGCACAAAAUAUCCUGAAGGUUGAUUGUCUUUAUUUCCAUCCUUUGCCUAUUACAAUAUAUGGCAGAUGUAUUUUGUGCUCUGAUAUUAUGGAAAUGGUGAGGCGAAUACAGCACCAGUGGAUUGACUCCCACUGUAUUUCCUGGCCAACUUUAGUGAAAGAUCUAGAUCAUUGUCUAUACAGUUAAAAUUUGUGACAUUAAAUUAUGUCUCCUUUUUCAUGUUUUCCUAUUUUAUCUUUCCCCUCACUAUGCACUAAUUCAGAUCUGAAUUUAUCAGACCAAGUGACCUUAUUGCAGGACCCCCACUAAUAUCAAUCUGGUAAUGGGAGAGGUGUGAGAAACAGACAAGCUGUGCUUAAUGUUUCCUUGACUGGGGCCCAUGAUCACAGACUCGUGUUGGGAACAGCGAACUCCUACUACAGCUCUGUGACAUGAAAUGUUACAUUUAAUUUAAACCUAUUUAUUGAAAAUGUGUGCUUGUGUUAAAAGCUCAGUAUUUGGUACUUUAAAAGAAAAAUCAUUAUCUCACAGGACAGUGCAUCCUAUGUUUUAAUUGUCAAAAUCUUUUUUAAUGUGCUGAUAAUUAAAAACAAUAACUUAUUUAUUUAUUGGGGGGGGUUACCUUUAUAUUGGGUGAGUGAUAGUUUUGUCUUUUUCAAUGUUUAAUGUAUGUUCAAAGCUGGUUUUAGGGCAUCUGUAUCCAUCUUUUGGAUUGAGGGGUUUGUGUAUAUGAGGUAGGAUUUGAUGGACUUUUCUGUUGAGUGUUAACUUUGUGUUGGUUUGUUAGUUGCGAAAAAAGAGUGACAAAAAUAAUGUCAAUGUCUUUACUUUUUACAAAAAAAAUGUUUGAAAUGAUUAUAUAUGUUCCUUUUUAUAUUUUGAUAUUUGCACUAAGGUUUAGUAUGCCAUCAAGUUUAAUGGCUGGUGCAGAAGCUGGAUUAAACUAUUGAUGCAAUUCCAUAAAUACCAUGUUUAAUUUUGUGAUUAUGCCAUUGGACCUGAAUUGCUGGUGACUCAUGAUUUUGUUUUGGAAUCAUUAGGAAUUGUGAUUUUGAACAUUCAAAGUGCACUUUUCACAUUUCAAUCAUCACAAACAAGCCCCAAAAACACCGCUACUGUUUUCCAUUUGUUAUUCCAUGCCUAAAUCCUAUUUCUGAUCAGUUGCAGUACUCUCACCAACAUCAAGUCACUUCCAGUCUUUAACCACAAUUAAUUAUUUGAAGGACACAGAACCUUUCAAGACUGAGCUCGAUAGCCAAGAGUAUCAAACAACCUGGCAGAUGGAGUUGAGCGACAGAUCACCCACGAUCUAACUGAAUGACAGAACAUGCCUGAGGGGGAAGAAUGACCUCCUCCUGUUACUGUGUCAGAUGAGGAAGGCCAGCCUGCCCAUUCUAUCUAUCCAGAAAUAGCUCGCAGCCCAGUGCUCGCCCACCUUGGCACAGCCUCUGUCCAGCACAUUGGCUGAAUUCAUUUCUGUACACAAGGACAUCAUUUUCUACUUGGAAAAUGAUUUGUUCACAUUAGUCUUUUCCAUUUUUAAAUGCAAAAAUAAUUUAAACUUUUUUUUUCUAUCAGAUCUCUUAAUGCACUGGACCAACAAAUUAUACAUGGGUUCACAUUCUUAAUUCCCCUUGUGAUGAAUUCCACUAUUUGAAAGUAUCCUAACUGGGGUGAAUGCCAAUUGUAGUGUUUUAACUUUCUCCUGCUCACAAACUUCAUUUUUUCCCCAGCCAAAGUGCUUUUAUUAGAUUGUCUAAGUUAGCUGUGCUUGCAGCUAAAGGUAUUAAAACUGGGAGCGGCUUACUGAUGUCACCUGCUGUAGUCAAAUAUCAGUCUAGGUUUGGCCUGUCCCCAGUAAUGAUAAUUGGAUAUUGUUUAAAGGAAAGUUUGUUUUGAUGCUGUGAAUAAGGUGGUGGAUCUUUUCAGAAAACAGCUAAACUGCUGGCAAGUCAAAGAACUGCGAGGUUCACACUCUAACCCACAGGUUCAUUAAUUGCUAGAGCUGAAAGGUAUGCCAACAACCUGUUAAAUCACUGGUGUAUUCGAUGCACCAUGAUGUUUGCCAAUGAUAUACAAUAAUUACUUUAUUAAGAUUGCCUUUGUUGCUGUGAUGGGGAAAUAUAAUAAUGAGUUUGAAAAAAACUGUGAUAUCACAUACCUACAGUGGUAAGAUACAUGUUUGAUCCUGGAAAUAAAUUACAUAGUCUGUAAAGAUAUAACAAGGCUUUAAAUACAUUUUGAAAAGCAUUAUUAAUGAUUCUGGAUUUGUGAAAGGAAUAAACAAGAACUGCAGAACAGUACUCUUUUUACUGGAAACUGCAAUUUAUGCAAUAAAUAUUUUGAGCCUGGAUGAUUGCAAUGGUAAAUCAUGCUUUAAAAUACUGGGAAUGUAAUUUUUUUUUAUUGAUAGCCCUCUGGAUUAAAGCAAUACAAUAUAAAAAA